AUGGACGAUAAUGGUGACAGAGACAUGGAUUUUGUUAUCAAAAACAUUCGUCGAGGACAACAAGUCACGGUUGGCUACUACAACUCCAGUUCGGACCAGGUGGUAUUUACUGACGGUGUAACUAUAGUGUGGCCUGGUGGCGACACCAAGGUGCCGGCGGGGCUGCCGGAAUGUGGCUGGAAGGACGAAAAAUGUCAGGCAAACAACACUAUUUCCAUUGCAAUUGGAGUCACCUUUGCCGCCAUCUUUGUAGCCAUAUUCAUAUCAGCGUCUAUUGCCUACCUGAUCAAAAGCAGACGACAGCAGCAGCAGAUGCAGAGCAUGACAUGGCGAAUUUCCAGCGAAGAACUCAAGAUGGGUGCCAGAAAACCUAUUAACUUCGGGAGCCGCAUCAGCAAGUCAACCAUAGACUCCACGGGGAAGUCGAUGGUCUCCAUGGGAACAGAGGGUUCCGAUAUAUCCUUCCAGAACCAGCUGUUUACCUCAGUAUCCAUGUUCCGGGGGUCCAUGGUAGCCAUCAAACCCAUACACAAGCUCUACGUUGCCGUCACUGACGCACUUAUCCAGGAGAUUAACGCUAUUCGAAGUUUACGUCACUUCAACGUGAAUCAGUUGGUAGGGGCUUGCAUAGAGCCUCAGAAGAUCGUUAUUGUGUCUCACUACUGUGGGAGAGGCAGUCUCUCCGAUGUGCUGGAAAAUGAGCGAAUAAAACUUGACUGGAUCUUCAAAAUAGCCUUCGCCGCAGACAUCGCACACGGAAUGGCUUUCAUUCAUGACUCACCCGUCGAAUGUCAUGGGCGGCUCAAAUCCUCUAACGUUUUCAUCGACAGUCAUUGGACCUGUAAGAUUGGAGAUUUUGCCAUGCCUAACUUUAGAGAAGGCGAAAAGCCCCCUAACAAUGGAAAACACGCAGAGUUUUAUCAACUGUUGUGGACAGCCCCGGAGCUUCUCAGGGAUCGUGCUAUCUGUGACAAAGGAACGAAGAAGGGGGACGUGUAUUCUUUCUCCAUAAUAAUGCAGGAGAUCGUCAUGAGAACUGGUCCAUACGCCAACUCGUCCGCAGACCCACAAGAAAUUAUAGAAAGGGUUAAGAAGGCGGAGCACCCUUGGUUCCGGCCCACAGUGCCGUCCACAGCCGCCGAAGAGAGUGUCCUUGAUCUCAUGAGAAUCUGCUGGGAGGAAAUCCCCGCUUUCCGUCCAAAUUUUGUGACCAUCCGAGAUACACUGAAGAAAUUGAACAAUGGGCAUAAGAUCAACCUUGUUGACCAAAUGGUACACAUGAUGGAGAAGUACGCGGACCAUUUGGAGGAACUAGUGGAAGAGAGAACCACACAGCUAGCCGAGGAGCAGAAAAAGACAGAAGAACUCCUGUGUAGAAUGCUGCCAAAAAAAAUUACAGCAGACUUAAAGCUGGGCAAACAUGUGCCUCCUGAGACGUUUGAAUGUGUCACCAUCUUCUUCAGUGAUAUUGUCGGAUUUACUGCCUUAGCCCAUGACAGCACACCCCUUGAGGUGGUAGAUUUUCUCAACGACUUGUACACGUGUUUUGAUACAGUAAUAGACACGUAUGACGUUUACAAGGUGGAAACGAUAGGGGACGCGUACAUGGUGGUCAGCGGCCUGCCUGUCAGGAACGGCAUCAGACAUGCCGGAGAGAUCGCUACCAUGGCACUGGAUCUCCUCAGCUCGGUGGUUAAUUUCAGAAUACGACAUAGGCCUGAAAAACAGUUACAGCUCCGGAUCGGGGUUCACAGCGGACCCGCUGUAGCAGGCGUUGUGGGUUUAAAAAUGCCACGGUACUGCUUGUUUGGUGACACGGUGAACUACGCCUCACGGAUGGAGUCAUCGGGCUUGGCCCUGAGAAUUCACGUCAGCCCAGAGUGUCAGGAACUGUUAGUGCAGCUCGGAAGCUUUCAUCUUACCGCCAGGGGUGAUAUUGCCAUGAAGGGUAAAGGUGUGAUCCAGACGUACUUCCUACAUGGUAAAGAAGGCUUCCACAAACCAUUACCAGACCUCGCCAAAGCGGCCAGUCUAGAAGAGCACCACUUCAAAUGA